AUGAUUGACAGAAGACAUGAGAAAAAGAAGAGUGAUGGUAGUAAUACGUUAAGGAUCAAAAAGAGAGAAAGUGAGGAAGUAGAACCUAACAAUCAAUUUUAGAAUUCAGAUCGGUUUAAUUCUAAUCAUUCAUAAAUUAAGCAUUCACUUAAUAUUUCUGAUAAAAGUAGUGUUCUUGGUCUCUAAAAUCCUUUAUUAUCAUAGGAUAGCAUCUCUGAUAGAGAAAAUAGAAGUAAAAGACAUUCUUAGGAUGAAUUAAAAAUCAAAUUAGACUAUGAAUAACCAAUUCCAUUAAUUCAUUUAAUUGAACAUGAAAUAAGAUUACGUUGUCGACCAGAUUUAAUCAAAUAAACAAAAUGUCAUGGAGAUGUGAGUGAACAGGUCAUAGUUAAUAACAAAAUAACUGUAGACAUUGACGUUGAUCAGGAUAUUUUACGCAAAUAUAAUAAACAUUGUAUUCGAGACUACAAACUUGAUCCAUACUAUAUUAAAUUAGUAGAACUUCAUGGGUAUUAAAGAAUCAAACAUGAAUUGCAGGUACUCUUUUAAAUUUAAUAUAUAUAUAGAAUUAUAAUGAUCCUUAUACUUUGCUCAAUGUACGUAAGAUUAUUGUUUAUAUCUCAUUUGUUAUUCCUAUUAUUGCAAAGUCUAUAAUUAAUUCAAUAGUAUUUUAAUUAUUAAUGACAGUAUUGAUUCUUUUUAAUAUCACUUUAUAUGUAAUUGUGAAAACUUAACAUCGUCAUGAUACCGAUUAAAUUGAAUAAAUCAUUUCCAUACUAUUUUUUACUGAAAUUGGAUUACGUAUAAUUUCAUAAGGACUUUUCUUUUCAAAAAAUGCUUAUUUUUUUAAUUUCUCUAAUAUAUUUGAUUUUUCAAUUGCAUUACUAUCAGCAAUUAAUUUAUAUAGACCAGAUAUAGUUAUAAUAGAUUUAUCACCACUUCGUAUAAUAACUUUAUUAUAAUAUUUGGGUGAUAUUUUUGAUGGUUUAAGAGUAAUGUUAACAGCUUUAAAAUAAUCAAUAAGAUAUAUAUUGGAAGCAUUGGCAAUUGUAGGAUUGUUUUCAUUAUUUUUUGCUUUGGCUGGAGUGUUUUUAUUUUAAGGAUUAUUUAAUUAUAGAUGUGUUCCAAUAAAUGAAGAGAUGGGAGAUGAUUGGAUUUAAUGUAAUGUAGAUUAAUGUCCUGAAGGAAUGGAAUGUAAAUAUGUAGAAUAGACAAUAAAAUUACCAACUUCAUUUAAUAAUAUAAUAUAUUCAUAUGGUUAGAUUUUGAGAACUAUUACAAUGGAUGAUUGGAGUUGGGUAAUGUUUUUUACAAUUAGAAUAUUUAAUCCUUGGGUUUGGAUGUAUUAUUUAUUGAUAAUAUUUGUAUGUGGAUUUUUUAGUUUUAAUUUGGUAAUAGCAGUAUUGAAAACUCAUUAUGCAGAGGCAACUGAAUAAUUUUUUCAUUAAUAGGAAUAGUAAGAAAUUAAUAGAAGAUUAUUAGAAGAGAAAUCAAAUCAAGAUAGAGAUGUUACAGAUGUUUUUGAUGUUGCAAUGCUUCGUUAAAUUGGAUUUCAUAAGACAUUUAAAUAAUAUUAUAAAUUAUUAAAUUAAUCAAAGAAAAUUAAUUAAUAUAAAUUAGAAGAUUUUAAAUUAAAAAAUUUCACAUAACCAAGAUUGUUAUCAGCCAAAUAAAGACUUAAUAAAAAUAUAAAUGUAAAAUAUUAUUAUGAUCGAUUUCUUAGAAUAAUUGUUUUGAUAAAUUAUAUGAAUAUUUAAGAAAUUUGACAUUCAAAAAUAUCUUGUUAUCCAAAUUCAAAUGUCUUAGUAAACAAUAAAAAGAAAUUAAUUUAAAAAAUUAUACUGAUAAUGAAGAUUAUCUUAAAAUUUUGGAAGAUCUUACUAAAUUUGAAUUCUCCUAAUUAUCAAAAUAAGUUAACCCAAAAUAAUAUCAAAAAUAUACAAGUUUAGAAGAAGUUUUACCAUCUUUUGCGUAUUAAUUAUAUUUAUAUCAAAUAGUAAUAUUUAAAAUUCCAAGUAAAAUAUUGAUGAUAAAGUUAUUGAUUAUGCCAAAUAUAAAUGUUCAUAAGAAUAUUUGAUCCCAUAAUUCAAUAAGAAUAAUUCAUAAACAUACAGAUUCAACAAUAUACAUAGCUUUAAAUGUCCCAUUAAAAAAAGUUAAAGAGCCAAAAUUAAUUAAGUAUUUAAAGAUGCAGAAUCUUAAAGAUCACAUGUUGUUCUUACUAAAUGUAUUAGAAAUGAAAAAAAGACAUAUAAAGCAUUUAGCAAGUAAAUGAUAAAAUCAAAACAUACUAUACCAUUUUCAAUUAAAAAGGCAAAUGUUACAUAUCUAUUUGUUUAAGGGUAUUAUUUGAGUUAUGAUAAAAUUGCAUUCAAAAUGAAGUAGAAAAUUGAAAAGGAGAAAAUAAAUAAUCUUUCUUAUGAUUUAGAAUAUAAAAAUAUAAGAAUGAAAGAAAUUAAGAAUAGGAGAAUAGUUGAUAUUAAUUGGUCAGGUAAUGAUGUCAUUGAAACACAAUAUGCAACCUUUAAAUUAAAAAAUGUUUUAGUUACAUUAAAUAAAACAGAUUUUAUUGUUUGGAUAAAAGGCUUAUAUGGUCUGUUACAAAUAUUAAGAAAAUAUAUAAAUAAGAUAGUAUCUAGUAAAUUUACUGAAAUUGCAUUAGAUUUACUUAUAUUUAUUAAUUUUACUUUCCUAUCAUUAUAUGGUAUUGCAGAUGCCUCUAUAAUUUCUGAAGUAGAAGAUAUCAUUACUAUUCUAUUAUCAAUAGAAACAUUCCUUCGAUAUUGUAGCAUAUCUUUUAAAGAAUUAUCAAAAAGUAAUGAGAGUAUUCUUUAAACCUUAAUUGUUAUUUUAAAUUUUAUAGAAUAUACAAUGAGUGAUUAUAUGACUAAUUUAACUGAAUAAAAUUUAAGAUUAAUUAGAGGAACAAAAUGUUUAUUAUUUUAUAGAUGUUUAAAAUAUAAUAGUAUGGCUGUAACUAUUGGUCAUAUAGCAUCUAAAACAUUUAAAUCAUAUAUAUAUCUUACAUUUUUAAUGUUUGUUGUGAUAUUUUUGUAUGCUUUAGUAGGUAUGGAAGUAUAUGCAGGAGAGUUUGAUUAGAAUGAUUUAUUAGGAUAAUUACAUUCAUAUGAUAAUAUUCUAAAAUCCUUUAUGACUGUAUUUAAUAUCAUGACAAAUGAUGAUUGGUAUGGUGUAUUUGUUUUGGGAACUGGAAUAAAUGAAACAUUUGGAACAGUUUAUUCAUAUUCAAUGGUAAUUAUACUUAAUUAUUUAACAUAUGGAUUAGUAUUAGCUAUAUUAUUGGAUGGAUUCAGUAAAUAUUUAGAUAGAUAGAUAUUUUCAGAAAUAGAAGAUUCUGAAAAAUCUAGAAUGCAAUCUUCAAAUAAUGAAUAAUUAGAUACAGAAAAUACAUAAUAAUAAAUAGAAAUUAAUCCUAUAGUAUAAAAUUAAUAAUUAGAUUAAAUAAAAAGUCGUAAAAGUAAAUAAAAGACUGCUUUAAUUCAACAUCUAAUAAAUUCAAUCAGAUAAAUUAAUUAAAAAAUAUUAGAUGCAUCUCCUGAAUUAUAUAAUGGAAUAUAAUGUGAAUAAUCUUUGUUUAUUUUUAAUAAAACUAAUCAUUUUAGAAUGAUGUGUAUGAUGAUUGCAAGAUCAAAAUUUUAUAAUUUGAUAAACGAUGUAUCUCUAUCAGCAUCGAUAAUUAUUUUUAUUAUUUAAACAUAUAAUGAUUAUGAAGAAAAUAAAGAAAUCUAUCCACAAGAAGUUUAAUUUUAUCUCAACAUUAUUUUAGCAGUAGAAUAUAUUAUAAAUGUUAUUGCCAAAGGAUUAUUUAUAGAUAUUGGUUCUCAUUUCAAUUCAAUAUGGUAAAUUGUGGAUGUGUUUUAUUUGAUAUCAUUCUUUUUCUAAUAUGAAAAAGAUUAUUAUGUAAAACCAAUCUUUUAAAUCCUUCUCUAUUUUGGAUAUUUUAGACCUUUUAAUCUUUUGAAUAGAAUUAAAUUUUUAAAUGUAUUAAGUUCAGCACUUUAUCAAUCUUUAGUAGAUAUAUUAAAUGUAUUAUUAACUCUCUUUUCAGUAUGGAUCAUAUUUGGAGUAUAUGGUAUAAUUCUCUAUGAAGGAUAAUUUGGAUUUUGUGAAGAUAAAAUGUAAUUUAGAAUAAAUUAUGAAGAAUGUAUACAAUAAAAUAAAACAUGGGUUAAUUUUAAACAUAAUUUUGAUAAUAUUACAAUGGCUAUUCCAACAUUAUUUACAGUCUCCACUUUUGAUGGUUGGGGUGAAAUGUUAUAAAUUGCUUAAAAUAGUGAUAGUCGAAAUGUUGGACCUGUACCUUUUAAUAGUUAUAUACAUACUUAUGUAUUUUUUAUUACUUUUUGCUUUAUUGGAUCAAUGUUUUUCUUGAGUCUAUUUACUGGUGUUUUAUUCUCUAAUUUAAAAGCAAAUCAAAGUAAAAUUGAAUAAGGAGAUUUCAAUUAAAAUUAGAAAGAAUUUAUUGAAAUAUCUGAAAUCAUUACUAAAGACAUUCCUGUAUUUUCUACACCUCCAGAUAAUAUCAUUAGAAGAUUAGCAUCAAUUAUUAUGAAUAAUUCUGCAAUGUAAUCUUUCUUUUUCUUUAUCUUAUUAUUAGAUGUAGUUAAUAAUAUCUUAUUUCAUUCUGGUAUGAAUAUGAAAUAUCUCAAUAUUAUUAAUUACAUCCAUCAUGCAUUUUCAAUUUUCAUUACUAUUUGGAGUUUACUUCAAUAUUUGGCAUUAGGAUUAUUUAGAUUCUUUGAUAAUCAUUGGAGACAAUUCCUUUUAAUUCUGAAUCUCAUUGCAAUUACAGACCUUGCAAUAGAUUUCAAAUAUAAUUGGGUAGAAACCUAUUAUUAUUCCAGUCCUUUAACAGAAUAUUAUAGACUUUAUAGAUUGUGUUUUGCAUUAAGAAGCUUAAGAUUAAUUCUUAUAUUUUAAGGUUUAAUUAAUAUUUAGAGACUCAUGAGAGUUAUGGUUUAUGCAUUACCAUUUUUAGGUAAAAUAUUUUUUAUUUUAAUUGAUACUAUGUUAGUCUUUGCUUUAUUUGGAUGUUAAUUAUAUGGAUAAAUAGAUUCAGGAUAGGUUAUGGAUGAUCAAAUUAAUUUUCAUAAUAUUGCUUAAGCUAUGCUUACUUUAUUUAAAUGUGCAUCUGGUGAUGAUUGGAGAACUAUUAUGACUGAUACUAUGCAUCAUAAUCCAAAUUGUUCAACAGAUUCAUCUUAUUGUGGUUCUACUUAUAAUUAAAUUUACUUUUUUUUAUUUAUGUUAUUAUCCAAUUAUGUUUUUUUAAAUUUGUUUGUUUUAGGAUUGAUAGAAUAAUUUGAGUCAUUUUUUUAAGUUUAAAAUUCAAUUAUUCAAACUUAUGUAGAAAAUGAAGAUAGAAUUAAAACUAUUUGGUGCAAGUAUUAUUAUAUAAAUAUAUUUAAAAGAUACUCUCCAGAAACUUAAGGUAAAGCUAUGCAUUACAAAUUUCUUUGUAGAUUCCUAUUAGAUCUUGGAUCUCCUUUGGGAAGAGGAAAAUAAGAAAAUCUUUGGGAUGCUGCCAAAUAAGCAUCUGCAUUCAAAUUAAAAUGGUAUUAUUAAUCUCUAUUUAAAUAAGUGAUCAUCAUGGUUAUAUUCAAUAUAAUUAAUUGAUUUAUGAAUUGUUUAGAACAUGUUUUUAAGAUGAUGUAUUUAAAACUGGAAGUAAAAAUGCAAUAAAAUAGAUUAAAUAAUAUAAUAAAGAAAUGCAAAUGAAAUUAAUGAAUUAUAGAAGGAAUUUAUUUAUUAAAAGAUCCAAUAUUUGCUUAGUUGAUCUAAGAACUAAUUUUAAUAUUCUUCAUGAUUACUUGAAUGUUCUCAUUGCUUUCAAGGCAUGGGAAUCUCAUACUAUUAGUUUGAUCAAGAAAAUUAAUAAACGAAAUAAAGAUUACACAGAAAAUACUGAAUUAGAAGAAUAAAAUCCAGAAGAGUAAUUUUAUUAUUUUAUUAAAAGACUUUAAUAUAGUGGGCAUUCUUUCUUAAAUGAAAUGACUGUAUUCAGAGGAUCAGCUUAAAUUAGUGACACAGAUAGAUUUCAUCCGGUAAUCACAGAUGAAAACUAAUACAAGCAUCUCUUAACAUUUUAAAGUUAAGAAAUACUUUAACUUCCAGAAAUACCAUUAUAUGAUCAUUAAUUGGAUAGUAGUUCAAAGAAUGCUUUGUUUAUAUAUAAUCCACAAAAGUGA